GCGCUGGCGGCCGCCGGCCUGCUGUGCACCGCUCUAGUCGCCCUCUCCUGCUGGAGGCAGCUGCCGCCGCUGCCCUGGGCAACGCCCGCCCCGCCGCGGCCGGUGAGCGUGCUGCUGUGGUGGGAACCCUUCGCGGGGCGCCACAGCGGCGCGAGGCCACCCCCGGACUGCUGGCUGCGCUUCAACAUCAGCGGCUGCCGCCUGCUCACCGACCGUGCGGCCUAUGGGGAGGCCCAGGCGGUGCUUUUCCACCACCGUGACCUCGUGAAGGACCCCCGGGACUGGCCCCCGCCCUGGGGCGGCCGGGUGCUCGGGGCAGACGAGCUGGAGCUGCGGGUGUUGGAUGAUGAGGCGGCGGCGGCGGCGGCGGCCGAAGCCCUGGCCACGUCGGGCCUCAGGCCCCCGGGCCAGCUCUGGGUGUGGAUGAACUUCGAGUCGCCCUCCCACUCCCCGGGUUUGCGGAGCCUGGCGGGGAACCUCUUCAACUGGACCCUCUCCUACAGGGCCGACUCGGACGUCUUCGUGCCUUACGGCUACCUCUACCCCAGGACCCAUCCCAGCGACCAGCCGCUAGGCCUGGUCCCGCCGCUGGCCCGGAAGCGGGGGCUGGUGGCCUGGGUGGUGAGCCACUGGGAUGAGCGCCAGGCCCGGGUCCGCUACUACCACCAGCUGAGCCAGCACGUGUCGGUGGACGUGUUCGGUAGGAGCGGGCCUGGCCGGCGGGUGCCCGACGUUGGCCUCCUGCACACAGUGGCUCGCUACAAGUUCUACCUGGCCUUCGAGAACUCGCAGCACCUGGAUUAUAUCACCGAGAAGCUCUGGCGCAACGCGUUGCUGGCCGGGGCCGUGCCCGUGGUGCUGGGCCCCGACCGUGCCAAUUACGAGCGCUUCAUACCCCGCGGUGCCUUCAUCCACGUAGACGACUUCCCUAGUGCCUCCUCCCUGGCUGCCUACCUGCUCUUCGUCGACCGAAACCCUGCAGUCUACCGUCGCUAUUUCAACUGGCGCAGGAGCUACGCCGUGCACAUCACCUCCUUCUGGGACGAGCCUUGGUGCCGGGCCUGCCAGGCUGUGCAGAGCGCUGGGGACCGGCCCAAGAGCAUCCGCAAUUUGGCUCGCUGGUUUGAGCGGUGAAGCCGUGGUGUAACCCAGGGAGGUCGGAUCCUCAGCUCUUUGAGCCUCAGCUGCGCGUCUUCUUGACUGCUAAAUCAUGGAAUCGAGUUUUCCAAACACCCAUUGUUACUCUAUGGGGGAAAGGUGAUUUACCAGUUAAUAUUAUUCAGGAUAAAGACAGGGUAGGAAGGAUCCCUGGUUCUCAUGGGGUCUUAUUUGCACAGCUAGCAGUUGAGCUCCGUCUGCUGUAGGCCGGCAUCAGUGUUGAGCAGUGAGGGGAGCCCUUAAUCACCUUGUAACGGAGGUGAAGCAAUAGCUUAACUACCAGAAGUUUUUGAGUCGGUUGCUCUGACUUUCCUGACUUUCCUCGUCUGUCACGGGCCAUAUUUGUGGCUUGUGCUGAAUCCAAACACACUGCUCCUUGAUUCACAUUUCACUGGGUGAGUGUGCAGCAAGCCCUGGGUUCCAGAAAGAGCCUUGUUGUGGAAUAGUGAAAGGACUGUGGCCACAAAUGGGUCUUUCUCUCUGAUGGUUGGAUUCCUUAAAGCCUCAUCUCCUAAAAACAGUGAGGAGGGUGGUCCAAUAAUCCAUGAACUGUUCCCUAACAAGUACUGUUUGUUCUCUGUCCUGUGAGGGCAAAGAAGAUGCUAGAUUGUCCUUGGAAAAGAUUUACGAUGAAUAUACAGGUGUACCUCACUUUACACACAUGUAUUUUUGAAAAGCUGCUUUUAAGUCAAAUCCCCAAUUAACUGCUUUAGGAGAGGUCAGUAUUUAGUGCAGCCCUCUGGAGAAUCCCUUUACAAUGUGAAUAAUCAUCUCCUAACUUAUUUCCUCUGUGUCUGUUUUUCUAUAACCGAAUUUUUUAAAAGUGUAUUAAAAUUAGAGAUGUGAAAAAAAAACUGAAGCAACCUUCUUCUCCCCUCUGCCUAGAAAAGCAGCCUGUGUUUACAAACAGAACAGAAGGAAGCCACAGUGCCACUUUCCAUAAAAUUAUUUGUUCUUAUCGUUUUACUGGAUCUGAAAGUUAAGCAAGAAAGUACAGCUGGCAGUACCUGUCUGCAGGACAGAGAAAGAGCUUGUACUGCAAUAUGGAAUAAUGCAAAAGGAAAAAAGUUUCAUGGUGUCUGUUAAUGGCCAUUUUUGUUUCUGUCAGUUUUUAAUUAAACGUCUAAUUGUUAGGGACUGGAACUAAGUUAGUGCCUGCAAUGAGCCGUGACUUUUAAAAUAUAAACCUGCCAUUCUCCCCGGGGCCAGCUGGUCCCCACUCUGGUCUAUAUAGUAGUACAUCCAGUAUGGCCUCACAUUUCUAGUGCCCUUGGGCCGGUGCCGUGGGCCAACUUUGAAAAUAUAUGCAUUGACUUGGAAAGUUGUUGAACUAAGCAGCAUAUUUCCUAAGAGUCAUGCGUGCCUACUCUGUGCCAAACACUGGGCUUGGGGUUUAAGGAGAGACACAUAAAUGUGUAGGACAAGGUUCUUUUCCUUAAGGCUGUUAGAAUCUGUCCUUGCCAACAGGUAAAAUAGAACUUUGAUAAAUCAAUUGGCAGAACCUAUUUGUUUAAAGUAACAUUCUUUAAUACAGGGCACAGGCCAAUUAUUAGAAAGCCGGUUGAUUAUAGCCUCAAAUAAUGGUUUAAUUUUCUCUUUUAUUAUAAUAAUCACCCUCAGUGACUGAUUAUUGUAGGUAUGGUCUAAGGUUAAUUAGGUUUAUAUAAAGUUGUGCUGUAAACUGUAAUUUUGCUUUUGAUUAGGACAAUUAGCUGAAUCAUAAAGUAAGUUUUAUCUCUGUGUAUUUGUUGCAGACUUGCUUAAAAAGUUCACUAAAAUCCAGGCACUUCAAUUUUUUUCCCUUAAAAGGAAAAAUUAAGGCCCAUGGAUAACAUUUCCUUAUUAAAAUAUUAUAGUGUGGGUGGAAUUACAAAGUAUCAGUCAACCAAUAAAGACAAAGGAAAAAUUCUCUUCUUAUAAUGAGGAUUUAUGAGAUAUUGGCCAAUGAUCUUGCUGUUGCUGAGAAUCUACAUGGGCAGUGGGAAGUGGAUUUUGAAGGUAAUCUGGCUUGAAUUCCAGCUGUGUGACCUCUGCAAAUUAGUAAUAACUUUGAAGGGCGCCUAGGUGGCUCAGUCAGUUAAGCCUCUGACUCCCGAUUUCAUCUCAGGUCAUGAUCUUAUGGUCAAUCAAGUCCCGCAUCUGGCUAUGCACUGGGCAUGGACCCUGCUUAAGAUUCUCUUUCCCUCUCUCUCUCUCUGCCCCUCCACUGCUUGCACUUGCUCUCUCUCUUCCUAUAAAAUAAUAAUGACAACGACAACAACAACAACAGACUUGAGCCUCAGAUUCCUUAUCUGUAACAUGGGGAGGGAAAAUACUUUAUCCUUAUUGUGAGCAUUUCAGGAAGUAAAAUAAGUAAAGGAGCUUAACACAUAGCAGUCACUCAAUUGGUAAGAGAGAUGUUUUCAAGGUGCCUCCAUAUCCAUUUGUAUGUCUAAAUUUAAAUCUCAACCUAUGUUUCAAGAUAUAUCUCAAAUAAAGAGGAAAGGGCCUCA